AAAUACAUUUUUAAAUUUAACGUUAUUAAGAUACUUAUAAUUUGUUUUUAUAGGGACAUUUACGGACCCACAAAGAGUGGAUUUCCAAAUAUGGCAAAGUUCUAGGAUAUUAUUAUGGCACGACUCCGGUUCUGUUUGUUACGGACACCGAAUUAUUAAAAAAUAUUCAAAUCAAAGAUUUCCAUAAUUUUUCAGAUCGACCAAGUCUCCAUACAGAAAGCAACAAGGUGCCUUCAAAUCGAUUAGCUCAUAAUUUACUUAAUUUGAAAGGUGCAAAAUGGAAGCAGAUGAGAAGCGUAGUUACACCUUCUUUUACCACAAGCAAGAUGAAACUGAUGUCGCCCAUUAUAAACGAUGCCAUUGAACUUCUGUUAAACAAUUUUGAGAAAUUUUGUGAAUCGGGAGAAGCAUUUGAAUCCUAUGCUCUAUAUCAAAGGCUGACCAUGGAUGUAAUUGUCAGAACGGCCUUUGGUUUUCAGUCCGAUAUUCAGAUAAAUCCCAAAAGUUCUCUUUAUAAAUUGUCCAAUAUUUUAAUUCAUGCACCCUUUAAACAUUUGUUUAUACUCUUUACAAGAUCUUUUGAGUUUCUCCAACCGUUUUUUCGACUUGUUCGCAUCAUUUUUGGUGCGAUAAUCAACAGAGGUAGAAAUCCUCUCAAGGAAUUGUUAGAUAAUUGUGAAGCCAUCAUCAACUCUCGCAAGAAAGAUCCCACAGUAAAGAUACGAAUUUCAUACUUAUUUAAUAUUCAUUUAAUAUCAAUACACUGAAUAGUUAUGAAAUUACUUUCUCUGGAAGGAAAAACGGAUAGAGACAUCGCUGUAGACAUUAGCAAAUACAGUACUACAAAUAGCAAAUACUGUAGUACUUAUCUAGAAAUAUGUUGAAGCUGUUUAUCAAAGAGGAAGUUAAUUUAAAGUUUUGUCACCAGGGAAAUAAAUGGCAUUGGAAACAUAAUCUAAAACACUGAAAUCAAAAUUUCAUGUUACUGAUUUCACGAAUAUGUUAUUGAAGCCACUGCUCAAUGUGUUAGCCAUCACUAAGGCUGACAUGAUGAAAUAAUGAACUAUAUGAGCAACUGAUUUGUACAUUGCCUUUUGUUAGCGUAAGUGCAUGAAUUUCACCAUUUUCAUUGAUGUAAUUUGAAACCAAAAAACAGCAGUACUGGACGUUCUGUUUAAUGUUUAUUAUCAUAUCCACAGACGAGUAUACGCCGUCGUCAUACGCUGUCUUUCCGCAAUCGCAAUGAUUGUAGUAGCAGGGACUGAAGAAAAUUUAAAAAAUAUUUUAUUGUUGCAUGCAAUAGUUGAUUUUCCUUUUUGACCAUAUUCAAAUGUAUACUAUAUUCCCGUUUCUGCAAAGACAGAAUCA